AUGACGGUCGAGUCGACAUUGCCCAAGCACAGGCCCUCCACCCGCAAGCAGGCCUCGCUGGCGGCGGUGCGGGCCGCACUGCGGGGGCGACCCGUAGCAGCCCAGUGGACUACGAACGACAAGGAAACCAAGUACAACCCGCUGGCCUUCCUCGAGAACCAAGGAUUCGCGACCCAGCAAGACUUUCGGGCGUGGCGUACCAAGAACGGCUACAAGACCCUGCGCGACUUCAUGGACCAUGGCAAGUACACGGUGACCAAGGGCGCCGACUUCUCUUGCGGUUGGACCGACCCCAAGGGCACCCCGCAGCCCAUUCCGGACGGAGACGCCAUGCGCUCCACGGGCUACACCCACGAUGGCCCGUGCGAGGUCUGGAUCGACAACACGCGCGUGCUGCAGGGCGACAACUGCCACGAGAAGAUCGCCGACAAGGGCUACACGAUCGACUACUCGGCUUGUAAGGGCACGUGCACGCUCCGUUGGUACUGGCGCAGGUGUACAAGGCUUGCAUCCCGCUGA